AGGGGGGGUGAAAUUGCGCAGAUCACGUGGAACAGCCCGGGCGAGGGCAGGAAAGAGCGCACGCACGAGAGAACUACACUACCCAGAGUACUAAGCGAUCGGCAGGCGCGCUCCAAGUGUGCGCAUGCGCACUAUGACACAGCAGUCCCGCCGGCUCGCCCCGCAGUUGCGUGUUUAGUCAGAGUGCUGAAGGCGAGAAUUUGAGCUGCGGACGGGACGGGUGCGUGCGCGCGCUCCCUCCCCUCCCCCCACCGUGGCCAUGAUAGUGUUCGUCAGGUUCAACUCCAGCCAUGGUUUCCCAGUGGAGGUUGAUUCAGGCACCAGCAUCUUCCAGCUCAAGGAGGUGGUUGCUAAGCGACAGGGAGUUCCAGCUGACCAGUUGCGUGUGAUUUUUGCAGGGAAGGAGCUUAGGAAUGACUUGACACUGCAGAACUGUGACUUGGCCCAGCAGAGUAUAGUUCAUAUUGUUCAGAGUCCCCUAGACAGUGGUCAGAAAAGGACUGACGUUGAAACUGCCAACGCUGGAGGUAUUCUAGGAGGCAUGGAAAAAGAGCCUGAAAGUCUAACCCGUGUAGACCUUAGUACCAGCGUCCUCCCAACUUAUUCUGCAGGGCUGGCUGUUAUUCUGGAUACUACAGACAACAGCAGUUCUCCUCCAUCUGAUAAAUCAGGUGCAGCUAGUUACAACAGUUUUUAUGUUUUCUGCAAAAGUUUCUGCCAAGCUGUGAAGCCUGGAAAACUGCGGGUCCGUUGCAGUACAUGUAAAGAAGGGACACUGACUCUGACAAGGGGUCCAUCUUGCUGGGAGGAUGUGCUGAUUCCAAACAGAAUAGCUGGAACUUGCCAAUCCCGAAACUGCCAUGGAGAUAUAGCGGAGUUUUAUUUUAAAUGUGGAGCACACCCAACUUCUGACAGUGAAACAUCUGUGGCUUUGAACCUCAUUACAACAAACACCCAGCAUAUCACAUGUAUAACAUGUACAGAUAUUAGAAGUCCUGUGCUGGUGUUCCAGUGCUUGCAUCGGCAUGUCAUUUGCCUGGACUGCUUCCAUUUAUACUGUGUGACUAUGCUGAACGAUCGCAAGUUCAUCCAUGACCCUGUGCUUGGCUACUCUCUCCCAUGUGUUGCUGGCUGUCCAGACUCCUUGAUUAAAGAGCUUCAUCACUUCAGAAUUCUGGGAGAAGAACAGUACAACCGCUACCAGCGCUAUGGUGCAGAAGAAUGUGUGCUGCAGAUGGGCGGAGUGCUGUGUCCUACCCCAGCAUGUGGUGCUGGCCUGCUUCCUGAACCAGACAUGAGAAAAAUAGUAUGUGAGCCAAGCAAUGGACUGGGCUGUGGGUUCGUGUUCUGCCGUGAAUGUAAAGAAGAAUACCAUGAUGGGGAAUGCAGCACUCUCCUCAGUUUGCAGGAAGCCAUAGCCCAGAAGGGAUAUAUGAUUGAUGAGCAUGCAGCCAUGCAAGCACGAUGGGAAGAGGCAUCCAGAGAAACAAUCAAGAAAACAACUAAACCAUGUCCUAGUUGCCAUGUACCAGUAGAAAAAAAUGGUGGCUGCAUGCACAUGAAAUGUCCUCAAGCUCAAUGCAGAUUUGAGUGGUGCUGGAACUGUGGUUUGGAGUGGAACAGGACCUGCAUGGGAGACCACUGGUUUGACUAAUAGUUCAGUAGUGCUAAGAACAGCCAACCACUUGAUUUUUUUUUUUUUGUCUGGGUCAAAUUCUGAACUCUUUGCUUAGGCAUAACUCCCAUUGGCUUCUAGAUCAAGAUGUUCAGAAUCAGGCCUACUGUUUGUUUUUCCUUGUAUAUCAGAGCACACCAAAAAUUUAGUUCAGGUAAUCUUAAGAGUUUUAAACCCACAAAGGCAGGAGAAAUUCAGACGGCCAGACUCACUAGUGCUGGCACAGAAGGGGUAAAUUCCAUCUCCCUGCACCAGGGCACCCUACUGGUAUAUAAGGCAGGCAACAUCACCACCAGCAACUCUCCUUGGGUUUCUGUUCUUUCAGUUAUGAUCAGGGCUCCAUAAAUCUCGCUGGCAAAAGCAGCAAUGGGGGUAUACACUGAAUCAGAGAUGCCCUUUCUCAGUUAGCACAAUCCAAUUUGGGGAAAAUUCUGGCUCUUUACACCUCCCCUAGUGGAAGGGAGGCUGUGGCAAUUUUCUGCCUUAGCAGUCUUCUUCCCUGACAUAUUAUCAGCUGGGACCCUGACUCCGACCGAGAGUCUUAGUAGAAACAGCAGUAGAACAGCAUCCUAGUUGUGCCUGUAUAUUUGAAACAUAUGUUAUGAAAAAUCACUCAAUAUAUUCCUUACAGAGUCAUAUCAUAUGCAGCUUUUACAGGAUUAGUAAAAGAUGCAGUUUCAGCCUUAACUGUUUUUGCUGUGGUGGCUGCAAGUUGGAGUAAUGGUGUUAUGUGAGUGAGAUUCUUGAGAUUUUGUUUCUUUUGUUUUGCUUACCGCAAUAGUUUUGGCAUGAUAUUGGGGCAGCUUCUUGGGGCUUAUUAUCACAAUGGUGGUUCUGUGGAGAUUUAUUAGGAUUUGGGUGUAAUUAUGAAAAUGUGUUCACUGCACAAACAAUCAAGGCACCUGCAUUCAUUUUGGUGAGUUCAUGUUAAUAGGCAUGCACCAGGUAUUUGCCACACCUCAAAAUUUGAACAUCCUUCCUAUCUCACCUGCUUUAAACUGUUUUGGUUUGUGGUUUUUUUUUUUUAAACACCAAAAGGCCAGUCAUAGGCUAUGUAAAGAUUUGCACAACUCAAAUUACAAAAGAAGAAUAAAGCAGUUGAAAUUAGUGGACUUUUGUGCUCCUUAUUGUACUUCCUGCACUUGAAUAUAAUAUAAAUGAGUAAAAAGAUU